UGUAUAUGUCAAACUGUUAAGUGAACAUUCUAGACUAUAAAAAUGACACCACUCAAAUUGCUCAGGAUCAGUUCUUCAAAUGCCUCAGUACUGCAUACCAAUGGAUGUAACUGUGCAAUUCAUUGACUCCGAGGACGAGGUGGAAGUACCCCCUACCCAAGACUCGGAUGUAAUUAUUAUUGAAAACACAGAUCAGGAGCCUCUGGAUGCUUCCGACUCUCAGGAUGCGGUUGAGCUGGUCCUACGAGGCGUGUUUGCGCCUGCUACAGUGUCAACCCAAACGGAGCCUAUUGGAGCUGACUAUGGCUCCCUUGAGUGGAGCGAUUUUCCAUUGGGGAGGACCACUGAAGAAGUUUUGAAUCAACUAAUACGGGACGAUGAAGACGAUGAAGACGAUGAUCAAUUUCAAUACGAUGAAGACGAUGAUCAAUUUCAAUGUGGACAGAGAUUUGAAUUGGACGAAGUUUUCUCAAACUCUCAAGGCAAUACGUUUCCAGAUGAUGAUCACAUCUUUGAUCAGAUCAUCGAGUCCAACCCCUCGAACGAAUAUUUAAAAAUGAUGGAUGACGACGAAGAUCACAACCUACUAGACGUUUUAUUUGAUCUGGGAUUGUAAUUUCCAUGUUGAAAAAAAAAUUAUAAUAAAUAAAAAAACUUUUACAAAAAUGCAGUUGUUAAAAUUGUUUUUUCUUUAUUUGAUAAUUUUCUUGUGCCUUGCGAAUGCUUUUUAAGACUGCAUCGUGCUUCAACAGGAGAUGAGCGUUAUAAUCAUAUCGCAACCAGAAUGUUUGUACUUUUGGACAGAAAUAACAGCAAUAAUAUGACGUUCUUGAUUUUUGAUAAUUAAAGUUAUGUAACUUUAAGAUAUGAUUUUUGAGGCCUAUGCGUCUAGUAAACGAUUUUGUUUCUG